CAAGUAGUAGCAGUACACCCAAAAAAUAAAAACAAAGCAUACAGAGGGAGGGAGAUAUGGAUGAAGAGAAAGUUGUAGUUGUAGCAGCCAUGUCAAGUAGGUUUAAAAGGGUAUGUGUAUUUUGUGGGAGUAGUACUGGUAAAAAGAAAUGUUAUAAAGAUGCUGCUCUUGAAUUAGGACAAGAACUGGUUACCAGGAAUUUGGACCUUGUUUAUGGAGGUGGAAGCAAUGGUUUAAUGGGUUUGGUUUCUCAAGCUGUUCAUCAUGGUGGUGGACAUGUCUUAGGGAUCAUUCCAAAGACUCUUAUGUGCAAAGAGAUAAUUGGAGAAACAGUCGGAGAAGUAAGAGAAGUAGCAGAUAUGCACCAGAGAAAAGCUGAAAUGGCUCGUCACUCUGACUGCUUCAUUGCCCUACCAGGUGGGUAUGGAACCUUAGAAGAGUUACUGGAGGUUAUUACCUGGUCGCAACUUGGUAUACAUGAUAAACCUGUGGGAUUGCUAAACGUUGAUGGCUACUAUAACUACCUACUUACAUUUAUAGAUAAGGCCGUGGACGACGGCUUCAUUAAACCAUCUCAACGUAGCAUCAUCGUAUCAGCUCCUAAUGCCCAUGAUCUAAUGCUCAAACUCGAGGAUUACGUACCUAUGCAUGAUGAUGGAAUGAUAGCUCAGGCAAGGUGGAAUGUUUGAGUUAACCAGCAAGUAGAGAAAUUAACUCCUUGGUGAAAGUUAAACGGGAUCCCUAGCUUUCCCAGUUUGAUAUUACCAAGUUUUAACUUAUUCCGAAGAAGGACAACUUUGGGAAAAGUCAAUAGAGAGAUCCCAACGACUUGCCGCCUGUUGAAAUGUAAGGCUGAUGUCGAACAAAAAAUGGCGCUACGAAAAGUCCUGGGUGUCUGAACAUAGUAUAGUAUACUAUGGUACAAUAUGUUAGGGGACCAUUUUCGACUUGUAAUUUUUUGUUUCAUGACAGUUGUUAAUGUACAGUGAGUAUCCAACCACAUUUAUCACAUGGCUAGUUUGAGCGCAAUCCAUUUAUUUAAAGCCUAUUACCGAAAGAUAAAUUCAGCCUAUUUUGAAGUAGUUUCAAAAAC